AUGGUGUCAGUCAAGUCCUUGAAACAAGUGCAGCUGGAAGGACAGGUGAAUGAGCACCUACAGGGACACCUGGACAAGGUUUACCACUUCAAACAGAAUCUGGCCUGCACCAAGGAGAGAAUGGCCUAUAUGUCCUACGAGAGAGCCAAGGAGAUAUGGGAGGUUCUGGACACGUUCAAGAGCCGUGUAGCCAAGCUGGAGGCUCUGCAGCAGGUGACCCAACUGGAGGUGACAGAGAGCGUGCGUAGCCGGCCCCAGGGCUUCCUGUGCCGCCGGGCAAGCCUGCUGCUCCCGCUGGCCGCCGUCCUCCGGGUCCUGGUCUCCAGGUGGGCGUGCGCCUGCCCAGUGCCUCUGCUGAACUCACGCCUGUGCACAGGCACCGCGCUCCUGCUCGUCGGGCUGGGCGCCCUGGCCUGGCAGAGGCAGCAUGCCAUUCCCGCCGCAGACUGGCAGGCCUGGGUCCCCUCCAGAUGGAGACUGUGUUCCGGGGAUUCCAAGCCUCUACCAGAGGGGACUUAA